AGCUGGACAGAAAAAAAGACAGAAAUCCUGACCAGAAAUGCUUUGUCAUGUUUCAGAUUUCCCUCUCGCGCGUGAUUAAAAACAAUCAUUAGUCAGCAGGACACACAUUUCGUCACAUUUUGUCCUCUUGGGGCAUCUCUCAGAUUGCACGGGGACAGUUGUUUUGAAAUUAUUACCUCGCUGCUCACUCCCUCUCUCUCUCUCUCUCACACACACACACACACACACACUCACACACUCGGUUCUCGUCUCGUCGGGCUCGUGCUCCUGCUUUCUUACCACCUUGUUUUUGUGACAAUGGCGGUUAAUAAAACAUACUUAAGUAUCGGCUAUGCCUCGUUUGGUAUGCUGAUGGGUUUCUCUGCUUUCCUGGUGUGGAACAUCGCGUACAAACAGCCGUGGACUGCAGCCAUGGGAGGACUGUCAGGUGUGCUGGCACUGUGGACCCUCAUCACUCACGUCAUGUACCUGCAGGACUACUGGAGGACAUGGCUGAAGGGCCUCAAGUUCUUCUUCUUCAUGGGGGUCUUCUUCUCUGUGUUAGCGGUCUUUGCCUUCAUCUCUUUCCUGUCUAUUGCCAUCAGCAACAAGGAGUCCCUGAGUGACCCUCAGAGUCUCUACCUGUCCUGUGUGUGGAGCUUCAUGAGCCUCAAGUGGUCUUUCCUACUUGCCUUGUCCGCUCACCGCUACCGCAAAGAGUUCGCCGACAUCAGCAUCCUCAGCGACUUCUAAGGACACUUAAACAUCCUGCAGUGACUACGCAGACUUUGGAGUACACUUUAUUGUGCUGGCUUCCCAGCAUGAGAGGCCAAAGGUGAUGAAGGACGUUUAAAGAGGAAUCAGAGGAGAGGAUGAAAUAUCGAUCCUGGUUACUCCUUUGCCUUCUUGGCCCAAACCUCCUCCUCCUCCUCCUCCUCCUCCUCCUCCUUUUUUUAUUGUGUGCAGGGUUUGUUGCUGACUUGGCCACUUUACAGACUAAUCCAGCUCCUAUUUUAUAUGAUCCUUGAUAAAUUUUUCACUUCCUCUGCUUAGUCAUGCAUCUGCACAAUUUCCUCAUGACAAAAUAAAUCCAAAAUAUGCUCAUUUUAAAACCAUGACUCAGUGAAGGGAAUUACCGCGUUACAACACACUCCUCAGUGGUAAUUCUGAGCUGCAGGUUCAUUCUGUAGCCAGUAGAGGGUACACUUGUUCCAACAGCUAAACACCAUGUACAGUAUGUGAGCUUUUUCGACUUACAUCUUUAUAUUAUAUUUGAUUUUUUUCUGGUACUUGAUGAUGAUGAAGAGUUGCACAAGUUGCACAUACAAGUGAUGCAAUGUGCGUACCACAAUGCAUCAAUCCUGUGGUGCAUACAUGAUGUACAUCCAAGCACUGCUUUAACAGAGUGUGUCGGGGUCUUGCAGAGGGCAGGUCACCCAAAAUCCUGCAGCCUCAACAUGAAGGCUUUCAUGUAAUAAGCACCACAUGUCCUGGUAUGAUACAUUUGUGAGUCAUGAAGGGGCAUUUUUAAUGUAAGGAGUGUUUUUUUGUAUGGUUUUUAUCAGUGUGACAAAGUAAGUGUAAGUGUGAUAUUGGGCCUAGUUAUGGCUUUAAUUCACAACACCACUAAUGUGCAUGCGUGUCGCUUGAUGUUAUCCUCAUCUGAACCAUUCAUGACAUUUAUAUCAUUGCUUAAUGAGAUUAUUUUCUUUCCUGUGUUUCUGUAUGUGUUAGAAAUGAAGAAGGGCAUUGUGUAUCCACAUGUAUCACGCGGAUGAAUGUAGGAGUGUGUGUUUGUACAAGAGUGGGACUGAGAGUCACAUUAAUAAACUGUGUUUUUUGAAA